UGAACACUUCAUCACAACACUGACGUUCACUGAGCAGCUCACGGGUAAAACUAGCUGAAAUCUGGAUGCAUGUAGUCACUGUAGUCAGAAGAGUCAACCGCUGUGGAUAUUUUUGUAUUUUCUCUUUGGGGUCAUACAAUUUGAAGGUCGAGAAGCAAAAUGACAAGUUCUCUGUCUCUCCUGUUCGGUCUGACAACAUUGGCUGUGGUUUCAUCGCUGGUCUACAGUAGUGCUUCUAGCUCUAAGAAUGAAGAAGACUGUCACUUGUCGCAGAUGGCGGUCCCAAUGAUUCUAGACCAAACCACUGUGAGGCUUCAAAGCCCAGAAUUCAUUGCUGAUGAUGUCAAUGAGCCACGAGUAACGUGUGGGAUCAAGUGCCAAAAGAACCUGCCAGAGCGGAGUCCUGCUGAGCUGAAUCGACUAUUGUCUUAUGAAACAAUCUACGAGAACGGAACGCGCACCUUCACCAAAAUCAAACUGGAAGGGCUCAACGAAUUAAGGAAUGUAUCUUCAGUUUUCUGCAAUCCAGGUCACCUCAAACGCAGAAAACGUCAGGUCUAUGGCAUGGACGGACGCUUUGUGAUCACAGAUAAACACUUUACAACCAACUACCCGUUUUCAGCCUCUGUGAAGCUCUCUACUGGAUGCUCUGGGAUCCUGGUUUCUCCAAGACACGUACUGACUGCUGCACACUGUGUCCAUGAUGGCCAAGGCUACCUUAAAGGGACCAGGAAGCUCAGAGUUGGUAUCCUGAAACUUCACUCCAAGCGUAGUGGAGGACGCCAACGAGGAGGCAGGAGGAGAGGAGAAAAGAGGAAAGAAAGUGAAGUGGGAAAUGAAGAAGAUGCAGCCACUGAAAGAGGGCAAGUUAAAAGAGAAUGGGAACACAAGCGGAAAAGGAAGAACCAUUUCAGGCGUAGUUCUGAUUCAUAUCAGUCCAGAUUAACAGGUACAGAUUCCAGACAGCCAAUGUUCCGGUGGACACGCACCAAAGUAAUACAAGUGCCUACUGGCUGGAUGAUGAGAGUAGGCAAUGAGGUCUCGAUUGAUUUUGAUUACGCCCUACUAGAGCUCAAACGACCCCAUAAGAUGAAGUACAUGGAAUUAGGAGUUCCUGUUGUCAGGGACAUCCCUGCAGGUAGAAUCCACUUCUCAGGUUUUGAUAAUGAUCAGUCAGGUGUGGUCUACCGAUUCUGUUCAGUUCUCGAAGAAUCAAAUGACCUCAUGUACCAGUACUGUGAUGCACAAAAGGGGUCCAGUGGAGCUGGUGUGUACGUAAGGCUAAGAGAGCCAGACAGGAGUAUUGGAGGAAAAGAGAAAUGGAAGAGGAAGGUAAUUGGUGUGUUCUCUGGACACCAAUGGUUGGAUGUUGAUGGAAUACAGAAGGACUAUAAUGUGGCUAUCAGAAUAACACCUGCAAAAUAUGCCCAGAUAUGCCACUGGAUCCAUGGAAAUGCCAGCCAGUGUAGAUUGGCCUGAGAAGUCACUGAAUACACAUUCUCUGGUGAAAGUAACCGCAUAUAUCACAUCUAACUUGGUGUCAACAGGUCCUAGACUGCUGGGAUGGUCUUUGGAUAGAAGCACUUUUGAACACUAGUCAUGUUUGUUGCCAAACAGCCAUGACCUUGACUGGGUUUUAAUACCGCACACACGCAACCAUAGGAUCUCUGGAGGGAGUUUAUUUCUGUUGGUAUUGUAAUGUCAUGUUCAAGGCCAUGUUUAUGUCCCAAUACCAACAUCCCCAGCUGAGGAUACUUGUUCAAAAUUUUCCUGUAGUUAUUAGGAAAUUACAUAAAAUUUAUAUGAACAGUAAAUGUGGGUAUUUUUCAAAAGUUUCUCCAGCAGAUACCAAAUCAUUGGACAUUUGUUCAACCAUUUCCAAUUAAGUAAUUAUAGUCUUAACUGUAUUAGUAUUUAAUUUAAUGCAUUUGUCUUAUAAAGCAAAUUCACUUUCAGUUCAUUCAAUAAUUUUAAAUGCAUUACAAGUUACCUUCAUCUGUUUUCAAAUGCACUGCUUUAUGCUGUAAUCUGCUGAACUGCUACAAAGCACACCUGGUAUUAACAUGCAUUUUGGGUGAUUAUUUAAAAUGGGACAAUGCUAGAGACCAGUGUAAAUGGGAUACAAAACAUUUGAUAGUCCUCCACUUCAACCUCAUUCAGAGGUAGCUGAAAGUGGUUGAAAACCACUCCGGGGACACUUAUCCAUUCAAACAGUAAUGAAAUGCCACCUCAUCACCCUUAUAUCAAUCAAAAUAAAAGUUUAAAACUUCACCAGUUACAUGUGGCUUUAAAAAGGAAAUGAUCAUCUAAAUUGAAAAUUUUGAAAACUAAUACAUUCAAGCACAACACUUAUCUGUUUUGCUACAUAUCAAUAUCUGGCAUAAGCAGACACAUCUGAAGGUCAGUUAAUAGAAGUACUCCACUAAAACAAUUUAGCUCCAAACGUCAUGUUUGCACUUUAUUAAGUACAAGUGUAAUUAAGAUAUACCUGCACCAGAUUUAAGCACCUUUUCCUCACUUUAAUUUGUGCACUUUAUAAUCAUUAUUUAAUACACUGACGUAGUGUGUGAUGUCUCUAAAAGAGACGCAACGCA